AUGUUUGGUGUGCCGACGGGCCCAGUCGCCAUGGAAGGCCGUGGAGGACCGGCCUUCCAGCCAAGGCCAUUUCUACAUGGGCCGCAUGUUCCCAUCUGGCGUGGUGGACAAGCGGGCAGACAUACCCCCGCACAUGCAGGGCGCGGAGGCAGUGGUGGGCAGCCCCCAGCAACUACCAACCCUCCAGUCACCGCUCCAGUUGCCGCUCCAGCAAGCGACCUCGACCCUGCGAAGUUCAAGCCACCGCAGGGCAGUUACCGCGACCAGUCGACUCUCGAUGGACGCGGCUCGAUGAGGAAGUACUCAAAGUGCUUGCGAUGCGGGAAGUUCAAGGGGGUUGGCCACCCCAAAUUUGUCGACUGCAGAGAGAAGUGCGAUGUCUGCGAUUCCAAUGCCCACCCGGGCGAGGUCUGCACUCAGAUCUGGGCCAGCAAGAGGUGGUGGAAGGACCACCAUGGCUAUGCGCCCGAAAACGUACAGCUGCGACCAACUCCGCCACAGCGGGCCAUCCUUGCGGAGAAGGAUCCUUGGUUUCGCGACCACCCCGAGCCGGUCGAGGAUAUGCAGGAAGACGAGGAACCACUGCUCAGCCGGAAGCGUGGGGCAGACGACGGCCUGGAUGAAGAGAUCCGACAGAGGAUGCAUGAGGUGGAAGUGCAGGUGUACAGUGAGAGGCUGGGGCAGGCGGAUAAGCUCCAGGCACAGUACAAGGCACAGGUUUUGCAGGCACAAAGAGAGGUGCUGGAUACACAACAGCUGGUGUCGGACGCUGAGGAAUUCGGGAAGCGUGCAGUGCGGGAGAAGAGGGAGGCGGAGAAGACGGUUGAGUCUCUGCGAGCAGCAUCCAUGCGGAAAGACGAGCUGUUGGCGCAGAUCCAAGAGGACGCUGCCCAGAAACGGCGCGACUACAAAGCGGAGGUGGAGGAGCUGAGGCGAGAGAAUGAGAUGCUGAAAGCAGAGCUUGCAAUCGCCCGCGGGAAGACUCUUAGUGGCGAAAUCAAGCAAGAGCAUGUCAUUGAUGAUGGCUCUUCAAGCACCUAUAUCAAGAUAGAGGAGUGA